GCUGCGUCUUCUCUGUCCUCCCUUGACACGGUCGCUGCAUAAACGGGCAAUACAGCGGUUCCCCAGAAUUCGGAAAGCUUUGAUCGAACUCGCUUCCAAUCCCCAGCACAGCCGCCCAAGAUGAGCGCCCUCGCGUCGAAGCAGCAAUCGCUCAAGAUCUUCGAGAAGCUGAAGCUGAAGCCUGCCAACAAGAUAUGCUUUGACUGCGGACAGAAGAAUCCCACAUGGACGUCGGUUCCUUUCGGCAUCUACCUGUGUCUGGACUGCUCCUCCAACCACCGUAACCUGGGUGUUCACAUCUCCUUUGUGCGAUCCACAAACCUCGACCAGUGGCAAUGGGAUCAGCUUCGAGUAAUGAAGGUCGGUGGCAACGAGUCUGCGACCAAGUUCUUCCAGCAGAACGGAGGCACCGCGGCAUUGAACAGCAAGGAUCCCAAGACCAAGUACCAGUCCAAUGCGGCUACCAAGUAUAAGGAAGAGCUGAAGCGACGCGCCGCGCGUGAUGCUCUGGAAUACCCCGAAGAAGUCAUCAUUGAUGCCGCCGAAGGAGAUGGCAGCUUCACCCCUGCCGGAGAGCCAGACGACGACUUCUUCUCGUCUUGGGACAAGCCCACGAUUAAGAAGCCCACGCCCCCAACAUCUCGAAAUGCGACACCUCCGGUCGUUGGCCGUACCCCGUCUCCUUUCCUCAGCGCCGGCAACAAGGACGUCCCACGUGCAGCAUCACCUCUAUCAAAGACAGAUUCAACAGAGACGAAGCCUGCCGCCAGCCGAAUCACUACAUCUGCUGCCCUGCGCAAAACAACCACAGCUGGUGGCGCUAAGAAGACAAACAUUCUCGGUGCGAAGAAGGUGCAAAAGCUGGGCGUCAAGAAGGUCACUGGAGAUUUCAUUGAUUUCGACGAGGCAGAGAAGAAGGCCAAGGAGGAGGCAGAGCGUAUCGCCAAGCUCGGAUACGACCCCGAGGCCGAAGAGGAACAAGCAACAAAGAGCAGCGCGACUUCAUCUGCCGCCGCCAUUAUCUCUCCAACUCCCAUCAGCCCAGCUAGCAGCUCUCACACACGGCAGAAGUCGAAUGCUGAGAUGGAGCGAUUGGGAAUGGGCAUCGGACGCCUUGGAUUCGGCCAGAUUGGUGGUGCCAAGGCCGCUGCUUCUGCUUCUUCAGCAAAGAAGAAUGCCGGUGGCUUCGGCUCUGUUGGGCCUGUAAAGGCAUCUGCUGCAGACGAGUCUGAAACGUUUGCUCGUAGCAAGUUUGGCGCCCAAAAGGCAAUUUCCUCUGACGAGUACUUUGGCAAGGGCGCCUUUGAUCCCAAUGCCCAAGCCGAAGCCAAGACACGACUUCAAGGUUUCGAGGGAGCCACCGCCAUCUCUUCAAACGCCUACUUUGGACGAGAGGAAGAAGAGGAGACUGAGGAUUAUGGCGACCUUGAGUCGGCUGCUAAGGACUUUGUGCGCAAGUUUGGAAUCACGGCCGCUGAUGAUUUGGAAAACUUGUCCACCGUCAUUGGCGAGGGUGCUACCAAAUUACAGAGUGCUAUCCGUUCUUAUCUCGAUGGUUAAGAGUGCUUCCUGGCAAUUAUUCCCCACUUGGAAGUAGUGGGUAUGAAAGAUUCAACAACCUGCAAUUUUGGAUGAAACAAAAGUCUUAUUCCAAAGGGAUAUAAAUCAUGAAAGUGAUGGGGGCGAAAUGCUAAUGAGAGGGAUUCAUAAGGUGAUACGGAGUAUCAGAGAUGGUGUUGGUAGGCGGAAACUAUAUGAGAAUGGCGUAAAUUGUAAUGUCAAAAAUAUCUGGCAUGAAUAGACGUGGAGUCUUUGUUCUGCCUUUUUCUAGUUUGUUUUUAAAUUUAUGGCAAGCACAAAAUACAGUUUUAAAAAG